CACAGAAACAGCUGAAACGUCACGGCGAACGGGUGCUUCGUGUUUUGUACGUGGUGCUCUGAAACAGCAUUAUUAUUACCUUGUCGUCGGUCGAGCGCAUCCCAUUUAAUCGCGGUUGUGGACAUAAAUCAGUGAACUCUAUAUAUAUGCAACUAUUUACUCCCAUUUUGGUGAUAAUCAUUCCGAUCGGAUUGCAAUGAUAUGAAGAUGCGUAAAAUGUCACGACGGUAAAGAGUUGACACAAAUAAAAGCAGUGCCUUACGAUUGUGAUACAUAGCAGCGUGUUGUGAGCAGAUAUUCGUUUCACCUGUACGAUUGUGAUAUGCAUCGCCGAUGUUUUUCGUAUGAGUCAUCCUUACGAUUUCUACACGACAUUGUUUUACUGCGUGGAGUCACCGUGUGACCCGACGAAUUCGAGUCUAAGAUUGUGUGACUAAUAACGAAUACAUUCAGUGCCACGUCUCUGAUUCACAUGCGCUGCAGAUAUCAAACCGACGUUGCUUAAAUUGUUAUCUGCGACGGUGGGUUGAGAGUGGUUAUAUCGCGUGUCUUUUAUCUUAUGUGUGCAUUGUGAUCGGUAAACGUGAAUUAUAGUGUGUGGUCAUUCGGAAGUUGAUAAGCGAGAAAAAAUCGUACAUCCAUGAGUGGCUCAGGGGUAGCGCCAUCUGAAGUGACACCGUUGAAGAGAAGCACUCAGACGCAAUCCAUCGCUGACAAUCAGGUGCAAAAUCAUCAACCGCCGCAGUCGGUAGUCGUGCACGCUGGUAGUAAUAGCACAGACAGUAAUACCAGCAACAGUAGUGGGGCCUCGAAUCCGAGCAGUGAAGUUCCGAUCAUUAGGAACAGUCAAAGCGAAAACAUGGAUGACACGAAACGAAUAUUGAUACGUGUUGGAAUUGACUUUGUCAUUUUGUGCUGCGUUGGUUUCCCGAUUUUGAUCUUUUUCCUCGCCGGACAGCCUUACGAACGAGGGUUUUUCUGCGACGAUGAAUCACUCAUGCACCCGUUCCACGAUUCGACCGUCACGAAUUGGAUGCUGUACAUCAUUGGCAUAGCAGUGCCCAUAUUAGUGAUACUUGGAACAGAGCUGGUCCGAUCGCACGUGAAAAAAUCGAAUGCACAGCCGCUGAAGGUAUACAACAUCGAAAUCCCCUACUGGAUCGUGGAAGCAUACAAAUCGAUCGGAAUGUUCGGUUUUGGAGCCGCCUGUAGCCAGCUGUUGACCGACGUGGGGAAGUACACCAUCGGUCGGUUGCGACCACAUUUCUUUGAUGUUUGCCAACCAAUGAUGCCUGAUGGAACUACCUGUAGAGAUCAGGUAAACCACAAUCGUUACAUCGUAGAUUUCACUUGUACCAGUGCGAAUUCCACGCCUCGUAUGCUGAAAGAGAUGCGCCUAUCAUUCCCGAGUGGUCAUUCCAGUUUUUCGAUGUACACCCUCAUCUAUUGUGCGAUUUAUCUCCAAUCGAGGAUGAACUGGCGAGGAUCGAAGCUGCUGAAGCACUUUCUACAGUUCCUGCUCAUAAUGUUGGCGUGGUACACGUGUUUGAGUCGCAUUUCCGAUUACAAACAUCACUGGUCGGACGUACUAGCUGGAGCGGUUCUGGGUUCCACGGUGGCUAUCGUUGUUUCGAACUACUGCUCCGAUUUGUUCGACGCCCGAAGGAAACGCACAUCUGCUCUACCCCAGACACGCUAUGAGCUUGGCCAGAGUCAUACUACUUCCAACGGAAACCAGCAAUAGCUGAUAGUAAUAGGCAUUACGUAGCAUAUGUGAUUUUUAAAAACUAUUGCCUUUCACGUCGACAGGGGCAAUCGACCUACAAACUAUAUUUAUUAUAUAGUGAUGAACUAAUUUAUUUUACGUAUGAUAAAAGAAGAGACAGCUAUUUAUUGAUUGAAACUGCUGCAUCCUGUAAGAUAAGAUAUUGUUUUAAGCAAAACUUCAAAUCUUCCGUUUUGUUUUGUUUUAUUGGCCACAGCUUAGCGUGCUACAAAAUUGUAUUAAUAAAGAAUUUAAUUUUAA